AGCUUCUUAUCGCGAAAUAGAAGACCGCGAGUUUAAUCGCCGGCCCCGCGAGUGACACGCACUUUGCGUCUUGCCUCCGAACGUUCCGGAACGCCUGACUGUAUAAAACAUGGUUAACCCAGCAAUCAGCCGUAUCAUCGCCGGCCGGGCAUCCAGCCUUGUCAAGUGCGCUUCUCAGACUCCAAAAUUCUACUCUAGCGCCGCAGCACCGGCCUACGAAUUCAUCAAGGUCGAGAAGACCGGCGCGAAAAACAAUGUGGCCCUGAUCACGCUGAACCGGCCAAAGGCCCUCAAUGCCCUGUGCGCCCAGCUGAUGAGCGAGAUGAACCUGGCGAUAAAGCAACUCGACACCGACGAGUCCGUUGGUGCCGUUGUUAUUACCGGCAACGAGCGCGCCUUCGCCGCCGGCGCCGACAUCAAGGAGAUGAAGGACAAUACCUUCUCCCACAACGUAAAGACCAGCUUUCUCGAGCACUGGAACGGCGUCGCCGCCGCCAAGAAGCCGACUAUUGCCGCCGUUAAUGGAUAUGCCCUGGGCGGUGGUUGCGAGCUCGCCAUGAUGUGCGACAUCAUCUACGCGGGCGACAAGGCAAAGUUCGGCCAGCCGGAGAUCGCGAUCGGCACGAUUCCCGGAGCCGGUGGCACCCAGCGCCUGACUCGCGCCGUUGGCAAGAGCAAAGCCAUGGAGAUCGUUCUCACCGGCCAGCAGAUUACCGCCCAGGAGGCCGAAAAAAGCGGACUCGUCAGCAAGGUCGUCCCGGCCGAGCAGCUCGUGUCCGAGGCCGUCAAGCUCGCCGAGAAAAUCGCCUCGCACUCGCAGGUCGCCGUUGCUAUGGCUAAAGAUUCCGUUAACAAGGCAUACGAGACGACCCUCCAACAAGGCUUGGAUUACGAGAAGAGGCUGUUCUGGGCUACCUUCGCUACUGCUGACCAGAAGGAAGGCAUGAAGGCUUUCGCCGAGAAGCGCGCGCCUGAGUUCAAGAACGAGUAAAUGUCUGCAAAAUCCGAUAAUCAGUCGCAGAUCUAUAUACCUCUUCGAUGAAGAGACAUCACAGAAUUUUCGCAUUUUUUCGUACAUUCUCAGAGUUGGAGAGUAUACGCGUAUAUAUAUAUAGAGCCGUUGUUAAAGAUCUAUUUUUUAUAUAUGAGAAGUUUGUAUCGUUACUAAAUGUUGCAACAUGUACAUAUAAUGAGACAUAAAGAAGCUUUAGUAUGAAAUUUCA